CUUAUAGAAACGUAAACGAAAAGUCUUCAUUUGCUUCUUACUUUCUUGAGUUUCAUCUCUUAUUUACUAAAUCAAUUUGAUCCUCCAAACAAUAAAUCGCCCCUUCAACCACCAUAUCAUAUCAUAUUCUUCUCUGAAUCGUCAAUCCAAUAUUCCAUUUCAUCUGUCUAGCUAGGCAAGUUAGCUGCCUACAUACUGUCUAGAUAGCUCGACCCGGAAAGAGCCCGACCCGACUUCUCCCUCGCCGUCAUGUCGUGGCUGGCUGUCGUUUUCCUUUUCGUCGGUCUUGCGGCGGCGAUCCCGUCCAACGGAUCGGCGAUCCACAGAAAACUUGAAGAAGGCGGCGUAACCGGAGAAGAGAACAAGUGUGGAGGGUGCCCUUGCAACGCGCCCUGUUAUAGCCCGCCGUCACUAUCGCCUCCACCGCCAUCAUCACCUCCACCGUCGCCGCCGCCGCCGAAGAAAUCACCGAUCAGCUACUGCCCACCUCCACCGCCGAGCGGAGGAGGGUACGACCCUCCUGCCGUUCUCAGCCCCCCUACACCACCUCAGUACGUGUACGGCACCGGUAGCCCGGGUAAUCUCUAUCCGGUGGACCAAAGUUUUUCCGGCGCCGGAAGAAGGGGCGGCUUCUCGCGGAGAACUUCGGUUCUUGUCGGUGGGGGAGUUUUAUUGGGAUUCCUUUCUCUGUGCUGGUGAUCGAUGAUCAUCUUCGUUCAUAAUUAGAUACGAACUUCAUGAUCUUCAAUUCGAUCAUACUUUUAUUUGAAGACAGAAAAGUGAUUGGUGUGCAAAUUUUAUUAUUGUUAUUAUAAUAAUAAUUACAUUUCUUGGUAAUCAGAUUAGAUGGUCUGUUGGUGCCAUAAUUAUCAUUAUUAUCUGAUAUUGUAUAAUGUAAUUAUAAUUCUUCAGAUUAAAAUAAACAAAUUAAACUCUUCUUUUCAAUUAG